CACUGCUGCCAAACAGCUGUUUCUCACAUUGGCUGAUUGGAAUUAAAGUUUUAUUACUUAAAUAGUGAUUUUAAUUAAAAGAAACAUAGUAAAGUGAAGUAAUUUAGUGAUCUGAACUGACUACGAGUAUCAGUUAUCAGCUGGAGCUUGGAAAACCACCGAUCGGAAACAGGAGAAACCAUGAACUUUUUGCGGCAAACUUUGGGAAUUACGAAACAGUUGACGGCGCAGGCCAUCCACAACAGCUAUGAGAGCGCCCUGAGAGGCAUGGCCUCGCUCCAGCAGAUGCAUCGCACCGGACCCCACAUCAAGAAGCGUCCGCCACGCCAGCCCCUGGACGGCAAACCCUUCGCCAAGGGUGUCGUUUUGAAGACCUUCAUCAAGAAGCCCAAGAAACCGAAUUCGGCCAACCGCAAGUGCGUUCUCGUCCGCCUCUCCACCGGCAAGGAGAUGGUGGCCUACAUCCCCGGCAUCGGACACAACCUGCAGGAGCACAACAUCGUCCUGUGCCGAGUGGGUCGGCUGCAGGACGUGCCCGGCGUCAAGCUGAAGGCCGUUCGCGGUGUCUACGAUCUGGCGCACGUCAUCAAGAAGAGUCAAUAGCUUUACUAGCUUUUAAGCAUCAUUUUUUUUCCUAUUUCGUCCUCCUUUCAAUUGAAAAAUCACAACUAAAAAGAGAUCCUGUUGAGAAAGCCA